CACGAGCACAGCACACGAGUUCGCUUGUUAUCAUCAUUAAUUUAUAAAUGGCAAUUACUACCUUCAAAAUAAUUCGUACUACUAAUGGUUUAACAUUUCCAUUUCACCUGUAUUGUUACUCAAAUAAAGUAUUAUUAAAAUGUGCAGUAUUGUAAUGGACUCCUUAUCAAACACGUCGGCCGUGAAAGUCUACAAAUAUCGAUGGAUUACACUUUUAAUAUUUUGCUUCUAUUCUGCGAUAAAUUUCCUACAGUUUUUCCAGUACUCAAUCAUUUCCAACAUCACAGUCAAAUAUUACGAUGUGGAAGACACACUUGUGGACCUCACAGGUCUAGUCUUCAUGAUUUCCUUUAUAUUACUUUGCCUUCCAGCCAACCAAUUUAUCGAAAAAUACAAUUUGAGAAACACAGCCCUGUUAUCCAGCGGCUUAACAACUCUCGGAAACCUAAUAAAAUUAUUCUCAAUAUCUCCCGAUCGAUUUUAUGUCGUGAUAAUUGGCCAAGUCCUCUGUGCCAUUGCCCAAGUUUUCAUGACAAGUGUUCCAUCGAAAUUAGCCUCGACUUGGUUUGGGCCAGAUGAAGUGUCCACAGCUUGCGCUGUCGCAAUUUUUGGAAAUCACAUCGGGAUUGCAAUCGGUAGUUUCCUGCCUUCAAGCUUGGUCAGAAAUAGCGACAAUCUGGACGAAAUCGGUGACGAUUUUAUGACACUACAAAUAAUCAACGGCUCUAUAACGGUCGCCAGUUUUAUUGCAGUUUUGCUGUUUUUCAGAGCUAGACCUCCACUGCCGCCAAGUCAGUCUCAAGUCGCCAUCAUUGAUGCGGAGAAACCGUCGAUAGUCUCUAUUAUCAAACGAAUGAUCAAGAAUAAAGAUUACGUGUUGCUGGUAAUAGUUAUAGGAAGUGCGAACGGAGUGUAUUCGUCGUUUGGAAUUUUGUUUAGCAGACUUUACCUAAACUAUUUUCCUGGCUACGAAACCGCAGUUGGCCUAAUAGCAGCCCUGGCUGUUGUUGCUGGCGGAUGCAUCGGUAGUGUAAUUUUUGGCUACGUUUUGGACAAGUGGCACCACUUUAAGUAUUUUCCCCAAACAGUUACCCACUCAUACAAUUUUGUUUCCAGACUCACCACCUUCUUCAUUGUUUUCUUUGCAGCAGUGACAUUCAGUUUACAGAUUGUUUUAAUGGAAGCAAAGGCACAACUGGCCACAUAUUUCACCAUACCGUUAUUUGGAUUUUUCAUCGGGAGCACAUUACUAGUCGGUUUUGAGUUUGCAACCGAACUCAUGUAUCCCGUCCCUGAAGCCGCGUCGUGCUCGAUUUUAAACACCUUUAUUUUUCUUUUCUCUAUAGCUUACACCUUAGUUUUUGGUGCUUUGUUCGACUCAGUUGGAUACACCGCAACGAAUAUUGUAAUAGUGGUUGUAUUAACGCUAAGUUCACUUCUUGUGUAUUUUAUUAGGCCCAAUUUGCGGCGAAGAGAAGCAAAUAUAAAUAAAUAAGUCACGUCCAA